AUGGCAAUACUCAACUUUGCUGGGCAACGGUAGGCAAGAUGUUUUAUAAACAAAAAUGAGCUUACAAAAUGCCAAUCAAUUUUCGUAUCAAUUUUGAAUUAUAAGAUUAUUUAAAUAUUUAAUGGUGUAGUACUGUAUAGUUUCAAUUAUAUCCUAAGUUAUACUCAAGUGCAAAAAUGGCUUCGAUCAAUGUGCGAGAUCAGAAAAUCGAACAGCAACGCCAGUUAAUGGAGCAGAAAAUGAGACAAAAACGGCAAAACUCUGGAAUGGUUCAAGCCAAUGAUCUAAGGGUUGGUUCGGCAAAGCGACCUAUAUCAGGUAGCCGCUCUCGUGAACUCCAUGGCUAUGAUGGCCCGAUGCAAUUUCUCAUGUCGCCUGUGAAUCCUGACCAAGUAAUACCCCUUCAAACAAAUAGAAUAUCUACUUAUGAUGAAUUAGGCAAUCAAAUAGAAGUGCUGACUGUCGGGGACGGUUCAGGCAGCGGGGAGGAAGAAGAGGAAAGUGUGCCGGUGUGCAGCAUGGGGCGGGACGUGAGCACUGAUGACGUGUGCGCGGACGCUGCCGUGGCGCCCAUGCAGAGGGGAAUGAAGACCAGGGACACGUCACCCAGUCAGGCUGCAGAAAUAGAAGGGUCGGUUGAAGGAGCAGUGGAGACGUUUGUGGUCACCCCGGCGAAGCACGGCACCUUAUACAAGUGUCGUAUAGCAAGGGACCGCAAGGGGAUGGACAGGGGGCUGUAUCCCACAUACUUCUUACAUUUAGAGAAGGAUUAUGGCAAGAAAGUUUUCUUGUUAGCUGCCCGUAAACGCAAGAAAUCGACGACGUCCAACUACCUAAUAUCAACAGACCCAACUGAGUUGACCCGCACCGCGGACAGUUUUGCAGGGAAACUCAGGUCAAACUUGCUUGGCACUGCUUUCACAGUGUACGAUAACGGGAAAGCGUGGAGGAAACAUGACCAUGCUAAAACUAGGCAUGAGCUGGCGGCUGUACUAUAUGAUACAAACGUCCUAGGCUUCAAGGGACCACGGAAAAUGACAGUAAUCCUGCCGGGCAUGACUCCGGACCGACAACGAGUAGCUAUAGCACCGCAGGAUGACAGCGAAACUCUUCUAGAACGAUUGAAAGGACAAAACUUGGAUGACAUUGUGGUUCUACAUAACAAAACACCGGUUUGGAACGAUGAAACCCAAUCAUAUGUGUUAAAUUUCCACGGAAGAGUAACCCAGGCAAGUGUAAAGAACUUUCAGAUUGUACACGACUCAGAACCAGAUUAUGUGGUCAUGCAAUUUGGUAGGAUAUCAGAGGAUGUGUUUACUAUGGAUUUUAGGUAUCCGCUAUGCGCUUUACAGGCGUUUGGCAUUGCCCUCAGUUCGUUUGACAGCAAACUUGCUUGCGAGUGAGUAAUUUUUAUUUUGUACUGUUUAUGGACUUAGAAAUCAAAGAGGUUUUGUUGCGAGAUCAAGUCCAAUGGAGAGUUUGGUCUAACUACGAUACCGGUGGACUAGUUAUAUGUCACGUCGUCCUAUAAAUAUUAACCCGUUUUUAUACGGAUGAUAAAAUUCGGACGCUUAAAAAUUUAAUAUGAUAAAAUUCGGCCCCUUUUCGAAAAUUAAAUAUGAUAAAAUUCGGCCCCUUUUGGAAAAUUAAAUACAAUAAAAUUCGGACCCUUUUUGAAAAUUAAAUAUGAUAAAAUUCGGCCCCUUUUCGAAAAUUAAAUACAAUAUAAUUCGGACCCUUUUCGAAAACUAAAUAUGAUAAAAUUCGGCCCCUUUUCGAAAGAUAGAUAUGAUAAAAUUCCGGACCCUUAAAAAUUAAAUAUGAUAAAAUUCGGACCCAUCUAGAGUCCGAAUUUUAUCAUAUUUAAUUUUGAAGUCCGCCCAUAAAUGUUACCCCGACCACAUGUUGGUAAUAAAUAAAUAAAUUUCGAUUUAGUUGUGCAUGUGAAUGUGUGACAUGUUUGAUAAACAUUAUAAAUAUUCCAUCAUUAUGUUAAUUAAUGGUGAAAAUUUACAACAGUUACCAUACAUGUGUUGCUGGUUGUAAAAUCCCUAGUUUAUGGCCUUUUUUUAAAUAGACUAUAAUACAGCUAUAAGGUCACUGAUGAUUACUUUGUGAUACUUAUAGCGAGGUCGACGACAUGCCACGUGAAAUAUUAAUAACAAAUCGAUCGAUUUUAAUCGUUGAGAGCUUUGUAAGCUGCGUGUAAACUGUAACUAAUAUAAACAAAAUGGUAUAAAAAGCGUUUAUUUUUCUUCCAAAAACCACUUUCAAUUUCUAUGUCCAUAAACAAAUGUAAACUAAGCGCACAUUUAGUUUGGUGCUUGUAGGUUGUGUUUAUCAACGAUUCCUGUUCUUGAUGGAAGGUUACUUCAGCAAACAAGUCAAACUUAUUAUAGAACUCUUUAAAUCCUUUUCAAUAGAGUAUUUCCAUGAAAUGUAUAACAUAUUUAAUUAACCAUACACAAUAAUUGUCAAUUUAAUUGAUCAAUUAUUAUUAAUUACGCAUAUUUUAUUUAAGAUUAGGAUUUCUUUUUGAUUCCGGAGUAAUGGCGUCACUAACACAUACAAGUUACAUGAAGUUUUAUUUUUUCCAAUUAGAAAAUGAUAUCUGAUUUCUUAUAAAAUAGACUAUUUUAUUCGGCUCAGGUUUAUUUGUUCUAUAUUAAACAAAUUAAACACUUAAAAAUCCCUAUAUAAUACACAAACACUUAACACCAGUAAAAUUUUGCAGUCCCUCAUCUCUUAAAAUAAAACUGUAACUGGACUAUGUUUGUCCAGUCACCAUCACAUAAACCUACCCAAAUUCGUUGCAAUAUCGCCGCUAUUACCGCGCAAUAGAAAUUUAUGCAGGAUAACUUGAUGUGCUGUUGACUGUACAUAGAAGAUAUUUACGAAAAGAAAUAAGAGAGGUCUAUUUAGGGACAAUAGUUAGAAACAUGGACAAAAGAGCCAAUGGAUUGAAAUGCUAACUACAUAGGAGCCCGCUGCAUGAUAAUAAAAAGAAACGAAAAUACCAUAUUCUCAACAAUAAUUUGCUCAAUUUUAUCUCACCUUGAGUAUUAAAGCGAAAUAAGAGACCAUAUACAGGCGUUUCUCAUUUGUAGUUCUUUAAUAUGGAUGCUAAACAAUAACAUUCCCAAAGAUGGUUAGCUGGUGACCUCACAGCCCCUACAGCUUACUACAACAAGAGCGAUCCUAUUUCAUAUUCUGUGUUGAAUAAGCUCAUUGACUUUUGCUAAGAUGCUAUUUUAUUAAUGAAUUAUUGAUACUUCUAUUAUUUUUUUAUUAAAACCUUGAGCAGAAUAGAGGCAAAGACUUGUGCAAACGAAUUGAAAUAGAGACAAACAAAUUAACUGCAUUUAGAAUUUAGUUAUAUGCUAAACAGCUGAUAAGAAUAAGUCUUAGCAUAUUACUUUUACGGUGUCUCAAAGGGUGUACAAAGUAUUUUACGAUACAGACGAAAAGGUAUAGCUUUGACAGUCGUGAUUAAUUUUAUUCGUAGCUUUAUUUAUUUAAUAAAAUAAUACAGUAUACUGAUACGUAACGCAUGACUGGGUUACAAUAGGCAACUGGAUUGAGUUUUGAUUUUAUACACAUAAAAUUUUUUUUAGUGAUUUUUAUACUUACCAAAACACCCCAUACUAAUUGUAACAUAUGACGCCAUCGAUAAGAAAAUCGACUUUCCCAUAGAGUUUAAUCGCUAAUCAAUUAACUCAGGGGUGCAAACACAAGCUGAAAAUUAGCAAAUUGUGUUUUUUAACAAUUAAUAUACCUUAGUAAAGAUGACCUUAUUCGUACAAAAAAGUGCAUGCGCACGCAAGCGUGUGCCGUGCCUGAAAUAAAUAACUACUUAUAUAAAAAAUCGGCUAAACUGCCUAUCCUAUGUCUGUAACUGUAAGACCUUGUAAAGCGUAUAAACUAGUCAUUUUAUGUUUAUUUAAUUGAUAUUCACUAAGCUUUAUUUUAUUCGAUUAUUUGUGAAUUAAACAUAUUAGAUUGAAUGUACAUGUUAGAUUAUUCCCCUAUUUGAAAUGUUCUUAACAGAUAUUGCUUGUGUUAAGCCCACACCUGCGUACGAAAAAUCACACGAAGCUUCGUGCAAGCUAUCGCGUAUCGUUUCGUGUUCAUCGCUUUUUCCUUACAUAUAUUAUACGGACAUAAUAACUACUCCUUGUGUCCUCCUUGCUCUCAUAUCACCUAUGUAAUAAUAUGUAAGUAUACUGUUUUCUGUUAAAAGUAUUUUAAUUUAAUUUAGUUGAAAUUAAGCACGCUUAAAAGAGUUAAAUAAAAGUAAACCACUGUGCUAUUGAGCUGAUGUUCUAACGACGAAACAUAUUUUAGCUUAAAAAAUGCUUAAAUAAUUACGCAUUGGGUCUGUACCGGCCUUCAGAAUUGUGAAAUCUUUUAGUACCCAAUUUUACUUCAGUUGUAAGAAUCAAUGAUAUACUAUCACCGACCAUAAUGUAACAUAAAAUUGAGCGAUUUUAUUUGCACUAUUAUUUGCGUAUUGCCAGAGUCUGCCUUAGUUUUCGUACACCGAUUUUAAUGAAAUAGAAUUAAGGUCAUAGCACACUUAUAUAUACGUAUAUAUAUAUAUAUAUAUUUAUACCGCAUUGGGUGGUCCCAGCAAGAUGACUUUCAUUAAAAGUGAAUUUUAAUCGUUCUCUGUAUACAUACUUUACAUUGACAAGACGAGAGCUGACAGCGAGCGGUGCGGUAAAGUGUGCAAUGAUCUUUAUCUUGUACCAAGUGUGAUUUAAUAACAAAGAGCUUUUAGUCACAUAUAUUUGCAUUCCUCGCCACUAUGGAAUUGAAAAGGAAAUAAUAUACGUAUGUAUAAUUCAUAUACAUUAAGCAGCAUUUUACAUUUAUAAAUGUGAAAAUGUGACGUUUAUAAUAAAAUUGUAAAAGAUAUAGCAAAUAAUAUAUAGGCUUUUAAUAUCUGUAUCUUUAUAAUGAUUACAUCAUAUUUACAAAAUAAUCGCUUAAGCCAGAGUUUUCCAUGAACUCAUAGACUCUGACACUACUUGUAGUGUAAACCCGGCUUUAAAAUAUUAAUUGAAGAUGGAAAUGUGUAUGUAUAAUGAAAGAUUUAGGACAAGAUUUUCAAAAAGUAUUCGCGUCAUGAUGUCCCUUUCUCGUAUUUAUAUUCUGUGAUUCCCACAUUAAAUUACAUUCCCGUUAUUCAAAAAAACUUAAAGCACACUUAAAGCUGAAGUGUUUUUUAUUAUCCACUUUAUACUACUAAUUGGCAAAAAGAGACAAAACAUACUUUAGUUCAAAGUACCUAUGAUUUAUCUUUUUUAUGAAAAAAAGGGCGACAUUUUAAAUUACCAUUUCAGUAUUAUGUUGAAUUUAUACCCUGACAAUAACAUCGCCCUGUCCACUGCCUUUCACAUGUCGGAAGAUAGAAUCAUUUGUGUAAUUAGAUUUUAGAAUAAUUAAAUGUGUGCCUAUAAUAUGUUACGUGUCUACUAGAUAGAUAAAAUGAAAACAUAAAUAAAGUUGUAAAAUAAUUAAAUUGAUAGUUUCACUGUUCUUUAAUACGUGGCAUUGGAUGUUAAAUUGCAUUGAAUGCUAAUAAGUAUUAUUUAAAUUAAUUUACUUGGCAAACGAAACAGUGGCUAAUGCUAUACUAUAACAUGAAUUGCAGGCUAUACAGGGUAUUCAAUACACAAAUUUUCCUACAACUUCCAUAAUAAACAGUGAAAAAUAAACUAAUAAUAAGUUUUUAAAUAAUAAGUUUUUGACUUUCCAUACUAACUACUAAGUCAGAUUAGCUGAUCACCGAAUUUGUAAGGGAGACCCAAAAAUUCUUUGUCUUUAUUUAGACGUCGGUAAUUCAAGUUUAAUUUAGCCUAUUAUUGUACGUAUUUUAAAAACGGAUGCCACGUGUAAGCAGUACAGUGAAACCAUAAAAUGAACGCGUCAAUAAAAUGAGCUUUGUUGUAGAUAUUUGUGAAAUAUAAUGAUAUAUUUUGUCCCAAGCUAUUCGACGUUAGUCCUACAAUUUGUAGUAGGUAUAUUUUACACUAUGAGACAUAAUUUUUGAAUAUCUAAUAUGGAAUUGAUUUGUGGAAUUUAUUUAUUUAACAUGACUAUUUUUUUGUAUUUUUCACAUCUACUUGUAUGCAAUUAAUUGGAAAAUUAUGAAUUUUGGUGUAUUGUGCCUUUGUAAGAUAGGUUAAUGCAUUUGUGCCUUUUAUUUUCUUGUCUGCCAUUGAUGUAUUAUAAAAUGGCAUUUAAACAGUUUGUAUUAUGUAAAUAUUGUUAUCAUAACAAUCGAAAAAAAAUAUUUACAGAUAUGAAUCAUGUCAAAUUGUCUGAAAUAGUGUCAAACAUCAUUAUGCUAAUUAUUUUUCAAAAUCUAUUUUGCAAACCAAAAAUAUUUUCAUUCCAUGUCAAAGGAUUUGAUUAGAUUGAUGAUCUGUUUUAUUUAACCAAAGACAAAAAAAAGACUAAAGACGAAGACCUAGGCUAGGAAGGUGUAUGGAAAUGUUCUGUCUAUUUAUGGGCUAGGACUCCUAGCGGCAAGAUCGGCAGAUUGGGCGUUGUAAAACCGGCCACGCGAUGAGGGACAAAAGAUAACGCCCUAUUCCUUUACUUGUCGCGUUUUUCUAAUACGCAUUUUUCUUUCUUGUAUGAGCGAAACGAAUUCUGAAUGCGUCACAACUGCAGUCAUUUAUUUGUAUGCAUUGUAAUGAAAUAAUUUUCCUCAAGCUGUUUUAUGACACAUCAAUGUCUUUGUAUUUUGUACCUGAGGCUUUUCGUAGGCACAUAUAGUUUCUACACUCGUGUAAAAUAAGUCUAGUUUGAUAACAACACUGUAGCUGUAGUUAUGUAGUAAUGAAUGUUCAACUACUUCAAUGGUAAACAAUCCUGUCUGUUAUAAGUACAUCACAACCUGUUUACAAUAUUUAUAAAUGUGUCUCCUGCCAUUUAAAAUUGCACAACAUUCUUGGUAUUGUAAUAUUAAAAUAAGAAUGUAAUAUUCACAUUUUUAGUUGUGUUUGUGUUCCUGUUAUAAAAAAAAUAAAAAAAGUAUAGUCAUUUUAUUGAAUUACAUUAAUUUAAUACCUAUUUUAAAUUACUAAGUAUUAUUUUGAUUGUUAAAUAAAAUGUAUAGAAAUCGACGUAUGUGAUAUCUAUUGUAAAUAAUUGUAACUAAAUGUUUACACUGUAUUAAUUGUUUUAAGCACUAUGUCCACAUAUUGCCUAAUGACUAUGUCAAAAUAUUUAUUCUUAUUUAAUCAUGGAUAUUAUAAAGAUAUAUAUGUUUUUAUAAUGUACAUGAUUAAUUAACUUAUUGGAGGAAUCCUUGUAUUUUUCUCAUACCUAACAUAAGCAUGAAUCAGGGUUAUUCCUUUAGCAUGUUUUUUUUUCAGUACAUGAAUGUAAUAAUCACAUUAUCAUGAGGCUUAUUUUACUCACUGUAUAUUUAUGACCAGUGUGUACACUAUAUUUUACAUUCCAGAUGUAUGUGAUUACCUAAAUCAUGGUUUAUUUAAAUAAAACAUAAGUGGAAAAAAUAUAUUUUAUUUUUAAAUCUUAUAGUAGUGUUAAAGGAAAUUUUGGCAAGUGACAGAGCUAAAUGGAAGUAUUUUGACAACCCACAUGGACGGAAAAAGCUUAGAUAGUCAGUUAUUUUUAGUUGAUCUAUGGCAUGAUUUACUUAUAAUGUUUAUGGCAGAGAUCUUUUGUUGGUAAUUUGUAGUCAUCAACAUAUUUGUUCAGUAUCACAGCAGUUUUUAUUAAGUUUAUUAUUCCAAGUAAAAACAAAAAAAUGGUGACCUUAUUUCCAAUAUGCAUUUAGUAAAAUGCAUUGUAAAAU